AUGCAGCUGCUUAGAUGUGGAUUGGUUGGCAGUUUAAUCUCAAAGAAUUGCGCGGAUGUGAUUGGCUUACCUUCGAGAAACUCUCUUUCUAAAUUGGUUGAAGAAAGGGAAACUCAACUUUCAACCUUCAUGGCUCAAAGGGAUUUUAUAGAUAUUAGUUCAUCUGAUAGUGAAACAGAGAGGGAAGAAGGGGAAUCUGUCAACAGUAGAAUUCUUCCACCUUGGGCAUCUGGAACUGGCUCAAAUCCGAGUAAAGAUUAUGCUGGGCAGUCUAGAAAGGUGCCUUCUCCUAGAAGAGCAUAUGCUUCUAAUGGAAGCUCUCCUAAUUUUAAUCACCAUGCACAGGUGAAACAGAAGUUUCAUCCCAGUUCAAGUGAUGACAUAAGAACCUCAAGUCGACAGGCGGCUCGAGCACAUUUUGGAAAUGUGGAACAGCCUCAGAAUUCACGAAUCGCUAAUAUUUCUGUUAAGGACUAUGAGAAAAUCUCAUCCCAACGGGAUUUGAAGAGGACCCUUCCCCCAUCUCUGCAGAAUGCAAGAGAUAACAUGGCCCACAGUCAGUUUGGUGAUACUUAUGGAACCAAUGGCAAGGGAUUUAUGAGAGACCAUUCUACCAGGGGCAAUGCCAAUGAAUUUGUUAGGCCUGAGAGCAGUGCGAGUAGGGUCCUGCCUCCCACUUUCAUGCAUGGAAAGUCAUUUUCUACUUCACAGUUUGCUAGUUCAAGUGACCCCGCAUACCAUCCUGGCAUAGGUGAAGAAAGGGUCACUGAUAGUGAUGAGAGACUGAUAUAUCAAGCAGCACUAGAGGAUCUCAAUCAACCAAAAGUUGAAGCUACUCUACCUGAUGGUCUUUUGUCGGUCCCUCUUUUACGACAUCAGAAAAUUGCUUUGGCAUGGAUGCUUCAAAAGGAAACUAGAAGUCUGCAUUGUCUAGGUGGAAUCUUAGCAGAUGAUCAGGGCCUUGGUAAGACUAUCUCAAUGAUUGCCCUUAUACAAAUGCAGAGGUUUUUGGAUUCACAAUCAAAAUCUAAAGAUUUAGGCAAUCAUAAAACUGAAGCUUUAAAUUUGGAUGAUGAUGAAGACAAUGGCAGUGGUGGUUUAGAUAAAGUCAACAAGACUGAGGAAUCUGAUGAUAUUCGAUCAACUCCAGAAGUUAGUACAUCUGCACGGUCAUUCAAAAAGCAGAGGCCAGCAGCGGGUACAUUGGUUGUGUGUCCAGCAAGUGUUCUUCGACAGUGGGCUAGGGAGCUGGAUGAUAAGGUCGCAGAGGAAGCAAAGCUGCGUGUCCUUAUUUAUCAUGGAGGCAGCAGGACAAAGAAUCCUGAAGAACUGGCUGGCUAUGAUGUGGUUCUCACGACAUAUUCUAUUGUAACCAAUGAAGUCCCGAAACAACCUUUAGUUGAUGAUGAUGAAUCUGAUGAGAAAAAUGGGGAAAAAUAUGGAAUAUCUUCUGAAUUUUCAAUUAAUAAGAAGAGAAAAAAGGCUCCUGUUGUUAGUAAGAAGGGAAAGAAGGGCAGAAAAGGAAUUGAUAGUUCCUCUUUUGAUUGCGGUUCUGGUCCCCUUGCAAGAGUGGGUUGGUUUAGGGUGAUACUGGAUGAAGCUCAGACAAUUAAGAAUCACAGAACUCAAGUGGCUAGAGCCUGCUGUAGCCUUCGAGCCAAAAGAAGGUGGUGUUUGUCCGGCACACCUAUACAAAAUGCCAUUGAUGAUUUAUACAGCUACUUCAGAUUUCUGAAAUAUGAUCCCUAUGCUGUAUAUAAGUCAUUUUACAGUACCAUUAAGGUUCCAAUAUCUAGAAAUUCAAUCCACGGUUACAAGAAGCUCCAAGCAGUUCUGAGGGCUAUAAUGUUGCGUCGAACAAAAGGAACAUUGAUCGAUGGCCAACCUAUAAUUGAAUUACCGCCAAAAACAAUACAUUUGAGUAAAGUGGAGUUCUCAUCUGAGGAGCGGGCCUUCUAUACCAAGCUAGAAGCUGAUUCACGUACUAAAUUCAAGGCAUAUGCUGCUGCUGGGACAGUUAAUCAAAACUAUGCAAAUAUCCUUUUGAUGCUUUUGCGCCUCCGGCAGGCUUGUGACCACCCACAGCUUGUUAAGGGAUAUGACUCUGACUGUGUUGGGAAAGAUUCUGUGAAAAUGGCAAGGCAACUUCCUAAGGAUAUGCUUUUGGAUCUACUGCAUCUCCUGGAAACUUCCUUGGCCCUUUGUCGUGUAUGCAAUCUACAUCGUGCACAGCAGGGAGGCUGUGAUGACUCCCUGAGAUACACGGUGCUUGCUUGUUAUUCCUAUGUGAAAAUGGUCUCAGCGUUUCAGGAUCCACCUGAAGACCCUGUUGUUACUAUGUGUGGCCAUGUUUUCUGCUAUCAGUGUGUAUCAGAAUAUUUGACUGGUGAUGACAAUAUGUGCCCUGCUAUUGAAUGUAAAGAACAAGUUGGUCCUGAUAACGUCUUCUCCAAAUCCACUCUCAUAAGUUGCCUAUCUAAUGAUCUUGAUGGUAGUUCAAUGAAUUCUCAGUCGGAUGAGAAAUCAAUUGUGGUACAGAAUGAGUAUAGUUCAUCUAAAAUCAGAGCUGUUAUUAAGAUUUUGCAGUCUCAUUGCCAGUUAAACGACUCAAAUUCGGAACUGUACAACUCUACUGGACGCAAUGGAGACCCUUAUUUUGGAACUGAAAUCACAGAUAGUAGCUAUUCAGGUGUUGAUGUUGUAAAGCACACAACAGUAGUUUCAAACUCCCCAAAUGAUGGACCAAUAAAAGCAAUUAUUUUCUCCCAAUGGACUAGCAUGUUGGAUUUAGUUGAAACAUCACUGAACCAAUAUUGUAUACAGUACAGAAGGCUGGAUGGUACAAUGAGUCUGGCAUCAAGAGACAGGGGUGUCAAAGAUUUCAACACUGAUCCUGAGAUCACUGUUAUGCUUAUGUCCUUAAAGGCAGGAAACCUUGGUCUGAACAUGGUUGCUGCAUGCCAUGUUAUCCUUUUGGACCUGUGGUGGAAUCCAACUACUGAAGAUCAAGCUGUUGAUCGGGCACAUAGAAUUGGACAGACUCGACCUGUUACUGUAACACGUCUCACUAUUAAGGAUACAGUGGAGGACAGGAUUUUAGCUCUACAGGAAGAGAAGAGAAAAAUGGUUGCGUCUGCUUUUGGCGAAGAUCAUAGUGGGGGAUCUGCCGCACGUCUGACAGUUGAGGAUCUCAGAUACCUAUUUAUGGUUUAG